AUGUAGAUUGCUAACUUUGGUAACCUAGUAUAACCCUCGAAAUCGCCAAGAUACUUGAGAUCAGAUAAUUUAGAUGUUUCAGAUAUCAAAGGUGCUAAGGCAACAUAUGAGAUCAUGAAGAUAUAAACUAGAGCUCAUAAUCUAGAUGUAUCUGAUAUAUAAAACGAAGGGAAACCUUUCAAAGUUCGAUAGAUAAUCGAUAAGAACUAAGAACUGUUAAGAGAUGAGAUCAUAGGCAAAAAGCGUUUGUAUGAUAAACAUUCCUCACCAUUGAACCCAGAGUAUAUUGUCCGAACUACUUCGAAUAGGAAAGUUGUAAUAGGAGCUAUAGAAUAAAAUAGGCCUAGGGAACUGAUAAAAAAGGAAGUCCGAAAGGAUAGCAAACGAUCUCUAAGACUUGAUGAUAUUCUUGGAGCAUAGUCUAAACUAUCUGACUUGAUUCCGAAAGACAAGCUACCAAACCUUCACCCUACAUUCAUGAACAAGGAUGAUCAACAAAGAUAAUUAGUUGAAUUAAGGCAUGAGUACUUGCAAAGAAACAGAGAAAGCAAUAAUAUGACUCAAAGUUUAACGUACUAAGAAAAUUAAAUCAGGCAAUAACUUAAUAAUUCAAUAGAUCAAGGGAACCCUAAGAAACUUAAGCCAUAUGAUAGUUUUAUUGAAAGGUUAAAUUCUAAAUCAAUGAUGACUAAAUAGAAUGAUGAUUUGAUUAGAGUUGAUGAUGGUUCACUAAUUAAAUCAAAGUUUGAUGUGGCAUAAAACCAAGCAUUACUGCCUGAAUCAAAGAGAUUUAAGUUGAGGGUUAAUGAUUAUGAUAAAAUCAUCAGAGAAGAGGAUCUAGUCUAGAGUAGAAGAUCAAAUGUCUAGAAAAUUGAUGUUAUCGAGAGAGUAUCAAGAAGAGCACAUUCAUAAUUAAAAGAAGAGCCAAAUUCUUUGAUGAGUUUACAACUUUUAUAGCAGAAUUUGAACUAAUCUCUUAAGCCUGCCAAUGACCAGAGAAACAUUAAUAAUCCUAUAAAAAGAGAUUUUACUAAUAUCAUAACGGAGUCAUUAUCUAAAGAUGAAUUUGAUUUGAGAAAAGACUUUACUUCAAAUAGAAACAGCGGUGGGAUAUUUGAUAAAAAGAGAUUCUCUAAUACUUUUGAUCGCAAGGAAUUGAGUAGUGUAAAAGUACCAGGGGUUUAAGUAGGUAAAUUUGGAGGGCCUUAAUUUGUCCCUGCUAACAAAGAUUAUGGAAACUUCCCUGACGUUAUUAAGAUUGAUCAGCUGAUGAAAAAUGUGAGACACAUGAGGCAGCAGCAAAUGAAUUAAGGAAUAUUUUGA